CGCACUCUAUCUGGAAGAGAUCGAUUCGGUGUUUUAGUAUAAAAGCCACUGCCGGGUUCUGAAUCAAAUCAUAAGUACUUCAAGUGUUCAAACCACUAAAACCUUACCCUUUCUAAGCAAAUCUAACAAUCUUCUAAGAUGAAGUGCGUCAUUGCCGCUGUUGUAAUUGCCCUCGCCGUUGCUGCGGAAGCCAGCUGGGGACCAUGGGGAACCGUCGUGCAGUCUAAUGUUCCGGCGUGGCCAGCAGCUCAUUGGGCUGGUGCUUACGGAGCGUGGCCAGCUGCUGCCGGUCAUUGGGACGGAGCUUGGACCGGUGCCGGACAUUGGGGUGGAGCCUGGCCUGCAGCCGCCCACUGGGGUGUCCCAGCUGCUUCGGUUGCCCAUCAUGCUGGAGUUGUUCCCGGAGCUGUCUCUGUGAACGCCAACCGUGGCUCUGUCCAUGUUGCACCACUCGCAGGACAUGCCGUCUCUCAGAAGCAACUUAAUCUCGCCCCAGCCCCAGGAACUAUCUAAGAUAACACAAUAAGGAUUAAACUCACCCCCUUAUGUCACAACAGGAAACAACAGGAUGCUCAAUUGACCCAAACAUAAACAAAAUGCGAUCAACUACUGCCAUGCUCGUGACACUGAUGCCGAAGUUCUGUGUUGUACGUUUUACUCAUCAUCAUUAGAGGAUAUAUUUACCGUUGUAAAUAAAAAUGAACUCUCAAAAACUUAA